CUCACAAUUCAGUGUUGAUACGGUAGCGCGACCAUCAAGGGGGCUCAUUGUGGUCCUCUACCUCUGCGAUGCGUUAACGCGUUCAUUAAGCACGUGGUAUCCUUUGACGUUUCAAUUAGUAGCUCAUUGUUGACGUUUAUUGUUUUAAUUAGAAGGAAGCAGCCACCUGUUCUGAUUGUUCGCAGUGGGGCCAUAUUUUUGUGUCCGUUAUUUAUAGAGGAAUGGAGAUGAUAUUGUUUCUGGCACUGGUUCGUUAACGAAGGCUGAAAGACCUGGCUCAGCGAGACGGAAGGCUGCAAUGUUCAGACAUCGCAGCCCCUACCUUGGAUCACUCCAACAACCAUCAUGGCGACACCAAAUUAAGCACCCCACCCUCCUACAACUACAGCUACCAGCCACCAGUACCUCCACCUCGAAGGCCAAAAACAUCCUUCCAAAUACAAGCUCAACAUCAACCCCUUUCACCAUCACUGCCAGAUCAACAUCUGAAGGAAGAGGGGAUAGUCCAAGAACAGGCUGAACCACUUCCCGAAGGUUACAUCCACGACCACUACAGCCCUAAGUUGGACAGGUUGAAAUUCGUAAAAUCCAGAUCGUUCGAAGUGUACACCGACAAUUUGCGCCAUAAGAAAUCCAGGGAUUUUCACGCCGCUGUUAGAGUGAAGCGGGAUUCCGAGUUGUUGUCAAGUAGUUCCAACGAGGAUGUUAAACUGAAUGAAAGCGGUAAAUUAAAUCUGUCCGAUAGGAAAGAUAACAGCUACCAUAAUAGGCGAGUUAUCAAGGAGACUUACAGGGGUAUUAAUGUAAAUAAGUUAAUUUCGAACAGUGAUAAGCGAGAACACACAACCAAAGCGAUAUCGACCAAAGAAAAACCACCGAACCGUACAGAUAAGACUGGCGUUCAACUCGAAGAACAUAGAAUCAAGUCGAAGUACAGUCCGCCUCCCGGAGCGGAUUUUUGCGCUGAAUCGACGAACGAUUUAAAGACUAAUAAUAAAAACAAUAAGAAAUUGUUGAACUUUGAGUUUGAUAAGAGUUCAGUCGGUGUCGCGGACGCGUUGAACAUGUUUCGGAUGGGACUGAAGUUGAAGGAAAGGUUCGUGUUGGGCUUGAGUGUUGCGGCAGUGCUUUUUACUCUUCUUCUUAUCAUCGACAUCCAGAUGGACUAUGGUUACGCGGAAAAUUACGUAGUGCCCUCGCACGGUAGGGUGAGGUAUGUGCAGAAGGAGGAUGGACCAGAAGCGGCUUACAACAGUUUUAGGAAGAGGUUUUUGCAGAAGACCAACAGUGGCGGCGUUAAUGCAUCCAGAGAGGCAGCUCUACCGGAGCAGAAAACCUCGGAAACUCUCGUCCAGAACGGCAAACUGGACAAGGUCAAUGAUAUAUCUGAGGAGCACGACGAUUUUUCUGACCUCGUGGAUUACCUGAUGAUGGAGGAGACUGGACGGGACAGGUACAGGGAGGAUAUGGGGCGUGAGACCCCGGUCCUUCAGAAAGACAACGAGGGCGAUCUGAUAAGGGGCGAGAAUCCCACAAUUGCAGAGCUGAAAAACCUGGAUAUGGAACACACCAACUCUACAAUCCAUUCCUUCAUAUACGAAAUUUCACAGCAUGAACUCUACACCGAGGGAAGCAAAUACGUGGAGAAGUUGUUACAACAGAUGGCUUUAGAACCGAUUCAACAUGUUGUUCAAAAAAGUGGUGGAACUCAACUGAAGUUGAUCAUCAACUACCCUGGACAACUUCAAGCUCUGUUCAAACCAAUGAGAUUCCCCAGGGAGCAGCAGACCCUUCCCAAUCACUUCUACUUCACGGACUACGAGCGUCACAACGCGGAGAUAGCCGCUUUCCACUUGGACAGAUUGCUGGGUUUCAGAAGGGCAAUGCCGGUGGUGGGACGGCUGAUCAAUAUAACCAGAGACAUAUACGAGAAGGCGGAAGGGGAACUGCUGAAAACCUUCUUCAUCUCCCCAUCGGAUAACGUUUGUUUCCAUGGAAAAUGUACAUAUUACUGCGAUACCUCACACGCCAUAUGUGGAAACCCAGACAUGCUCGAGGGCAGUUUCGCUGCUUUUCUCCCAUCGUUGGAUUUCAUGGCAAGAAAAGUUUGGAGGCAUCCAUGGAGGAGGUCUUACCACAAAAGGAAGAAAGCGCAGUGGGAAACUGAAGGAAAUUACUGUUCGCUGGUCAGGGAAAUUCCUCCUUAUGACCAGGGUAGACGGUUGUUCGAUCUCAUGGACAUGUCCGUCCUGGAUUUUCUCAUGGGAAAUAUGGAUCGCCAUCAUUAUGAGACAUUCAAAAUUUUCGGGAAUGACACGUUUCCAAUUCACCUCGACCACGGCCGUGGGUUUGGAAAACCUUUUCAUGAUGAGAUAUCCAUUUUAGCGCCUAUCCUUCAAUGCUGCCUCCUGAGAGAAUCUACUCUCCAAAAACUUUUGAGAUUCCACAAUGGGCCCAUAAAGCUGAGUGAAGCCAUGCGUCAGAGUAUGGCAAAGGAUCCCUUAGCGCCAAUCCUGUGGGAACCUCAUAUGGUAGCCCUGGAUCGUAGAGUCGAAAUUAUACUCAAAGGAAUCAGGGACUGCAUACAAAAAGGGAAAGAUUUGAAGAGUAUCGACAACACGUAGCGAAGCAAAGUGUUUUAAGUGAUUCAAGACCGAAUAGUGAAAAAUGGACAAAUGUCGAGAACUGAAAACUAAUUUUAGCUGUAUAUUGAAGUGAGAAUAACCAAAGCAUAGGAAUAAACAAAUAUCUAUUGUAUGUGAAACAUUAUUUCGACUUCACCUCAUAUAAUUAUGUUCAACUACAUCAUGAAAAUGUGGAAUACGAGAAAGUAGGACUCAAAAAAUUCGAUAUAACAUCUCAAAAUGAAACCUAUAUGAAUCAAAAAUGUUACCUUAUGUCACAAUAUGUUCUGAAAGAUCUGUAUGUAAAAAGUUACCGUUUUUAUCAUAGGAUUCCUCUUAUGAAAUGAAUUAUAUUGUUUAUUUUUUGUGAAAACAAUAAACACAAUCGUUUUUA